AUGAGUGGAGGCAGCGGCCCUCUACGAGGAAAAGAUGUUUCGGCCGCCGCAGGUGAUCACAUUGGAGACUUCAUUAAACUUGGGGCGGAUACCUUUUACCUUGGUUUCUUUUCAUCUUUUUCUUUCUCAUUUUCUCCUUCAUGCCCUCUUCUCUCUCUCUUUCUCCCUCUUUCUCUCUCUCAUUCACUCUCUCUCUCUCUCUCCUUUCCUCCUCUCUCUCUCUUCUUGCUUAAUAUUUGCGAAAUUGGUGCCGAGGGAUUUCUCAGUUGCGAAAUUGGUGCCGAGGUAUUUCCCAGCUGCGAAAUUGGUGCCGAGGGAUUUCUCAGCUGCGAAAUUGGUGCCAAGGCAUUUCUCAGUUGCGAAAUUGGUGCCGAGGUAUUGCUCAGCUGCGAAAUUGGUGCCGAGGCAUUUCCCAGUUGCGAAAUUGGUGCCGAGGCAUUUCUCAGUUGCGAAAUUGGUUCCGAGGUAUUUCUCAGCUGCGAAAUUGGUGCCGAGGCAUUUCUCAGUUCCGAAAUUGGUGCCGAGGCAUUUCUCAGUUGCGAAAUUGGUGCCGAGGCAUUUCUCAGCUGCGAAAUUGGUGCCGAGGGAUUUCUCAGUUGCGAAAUUGGUGCCGAGGUAUUUCUCAGUUGCGAAAUUGGUGCCGAGGCAUUUCUCAGCUGCGAAAUUGGUGCCGAGGCAUUUCUCAGUUGCGACAUUGGUGCCGAGGCAUUUCUCAGUUGCGAAAUUGGUGCCGAGGUAUUUCUCAGCUGCGAAAUUGGUGCCGUGGCAUUUCUCAGCUGCGAAAUUGGUGCCGAGGCAUUUCUCAGUUCCGAAAUUGGUGCCGAGGUAUUUCUCAGCUGCGAAAUUGGUGCCGAGGUAUUUUUCAGUUGUGAAAUUGGUGCCGAGGUAUUCCCAGCUGCGAAAUUGGUGCCGAGGCAUUUCUCAGCUGCGAAAUUGGUGCCGAGGCAUUUCUCAGUUCCGAAAUUGGUGCCGAGGCAUUUCUUAGUUGCGAAAUUGGUGCAAAGUUUGUAG